GCCAGCUCAACAACAACAACUGCUACAACCACCUUGAAAAGUUCAAUAAAGUCUGAUCCACUUGAAAAUAGAAUCAGGUUGGCUGAUGAUCUAAAAUUCUUUCUAAUAACUGCCCCAGCAAACUGGCAAGAACACCAGAUAAUAAGAAGAUACUAUCUUAAUCAUGAUGAAGGCUUUAUUUCUUGUGUCUUUUGGAAAAACCUAUACUUUAUCACUGGGACUGAUAUUGUCAAAUGCAUCACCUACAGAUUCAAACAAUUUGGCAGAGAUAUAAUCGACAGAAAAAAAUUCGAAGAAGGUAUCUUUUCUGAUCUAAGAAAUCUCAAAUGUGGUAACGAUGCUGUCCUAGAACCACCAAAGUCUGAAUUCUUGCAGUUUCUACAUAAGAAUAAUUGCCUCAGAACUCAAAAGAAACAAAAGGUAUUUUUUUGGUUCAGUGUUCCUCACGAUAAAUUAUUUUCUGAUGCAUUAGAAAGAGAUUUAAAAAGGGAA